AUGGGGAAGAAAUCAACAAUAAAGCCCGCAAGUGGAAUAGCAGUUGGUUUUAACAGUGGACAUAUUGUUACAAAAAGGAACUUGAAGGCAAAUAAAAAAAAAAAGCCCAUAUCAAAAAGAAAGGAAUUAAUAAAAGAUGUAGUUAGAGAAAUUACAGGUUUUAGUCCAUAUGAAAAAAGAUUAAUUGAAUUGAUAAAAAUUGGAACUUCAGCUUCAACUAAAAGAAGUUUAAAAUAUGCCAAAAAAAAAUUAGGCACACAUAAAAGAGGAAAAGCAAAGAGAGAGGAAAUACAGAAGGUUGUUAUUUUGCAAAGAAGAAAGGCAGCAACUGAAAAACAUUAA